AUGGCAUCAAAAUCCCUGCCAGUGGAGGCCAUGCGCCCCUUGGUUAAUUUUCCCCCAUCGCCGUGGAGUGCUGAAUAUUUGGCCUCCUUAUGCCCAAGCGAUUCAGUACCUAUUUAUUCUUUUCUUCUUAUUUUCCAUCACACGUCCAUGUUCAUGCUUUUCUUUCUUACAGCUUUGCGUAAGAACUCAGAUUCUAACAAUAUAUAUGGUCGACGAUGGUUAUUGCAGGAACUCAGAUUGUAUACAAAACGAGUCGAUGAGCUAAAAUCACGAGUUAAAGCUAUGCUAAUGGAUUCCACAUAUGAUGCAGUGGGGAAAGUAAAAUUGAUUGACUUGCUAUGUCGCCUUGGCCUAUCAUAUCACUUUGAAAAUGAGAUUGAAGAUCAACUAGCUCAAAGUUUCAAUUCAGAAGCCAUUGAUGUUGGUGAAAAACAUGACUAUGACCUGUACACUGUUGCACUUCUUUUCCGGGUGUUCAGACAACAUGGUUACAAAAUGUCUUGUGAGGUGUUCAACAAAUUCAAGGGCGAUGACGGUGAGCUUAAGAGGACACUAUCUAGCGAUGUGAAAGGCAUGCUGAGCCUCUACGAAGCUGCUUAUUUAAGAGUGCAUGGAGAGGAUAUAUUAGAUGAAGGUCUUGAUUACACAAUCACCAAUCUCAAGUUUAUGAAAAGCCAAAGUGGGCCUCACCUUGCAAAACAUAUAGCUUAUGCCUUGCAACAACCUUUUCACAUGGGUGUACGAAGGUUAGAGUCGAUGAAAUACAUUUCUUUCUACGAAGAAGACGACUCUCAUAACGAAAUGCUGAUCAAGCUUGCGAAAUUGGAUUUUAAUCGCGUGCAAUUGUUGCACCAACAAGAGCUUGUCGAGGUUGCAAGGUGGUACAAGGAUGCGCAAAUUGAGUCUGAAUAUUCUUACGCAAGACAAAGAAUUGCCGAAUGCUACUUGUGGGCUAUGGGGGCUAGUUUUGAGCCACAAUAUGCACGUAUUCGAACAUCUACUGCAAAAGUAAUACUCACCCUUUCAAUCGUAGACGAUACAUAUGAUGCAUAUGGUACAAUUGGUGAACUUGAACAAUUUACAAAUGCAAUUCAAAAAUGGAACACAAGUGCUAUUCAUCAACUGCCAGAUUAUAUGAAGUCUCUUUAUAAGAUUAUCUUGGAUGUUUACGAUGAACUUGAGAAUAACUUGCAAUCGAAAGAGAGAUCGUAUUGGGUCUCUUAUGCCAAGGAUACGGUGAAACAAUUAGUGAAAGCUUACUAUGUUGAAGCUGAGUGGUGCAACAAAAACUAUGUUCCAUCGUUUGAAGAGUACAUAGAAAAUGCAUUAAUCUCAAGUGGCUACCGUGCCGUUUCGGUUUUAUGUUUUGUUGGGAUGGAAGAAUUUGCAGGGAUGGAGGCAUUUGAAUGGUUUAAAAGCUAUCCAAAGAUUGAUCGAGCAACGCGUAGAAUGUGUCGUCUCAUGGACGACAUAGUGUCAACCAAGGACGAGAAAAAAAGGAGCCAACAUGUUUCCACAAGUAUUGAGUGCUACAUGAAGCAAUACAAGAUUUUAUCGGAGGAGGAAGCAAUCAAAAGUCUUAAGAAGAAGAUUAAUGAUUCGUGGAAGGAUAUAAACGAGGAAUGUAUGGGACCAACUGCCUUAUCGAGGCCUCUAUUAGUCCCAUUCCUUAACCUUGCUCGAGUAAUGGAUGUUUUUUACAAGCAUAAAGAUGGGUACACAGAUUGUGAGAAUUUGAAAGAUUACAUCAAGUCAUUAUUCAUUGAGGGCAUUCCAAUUGAAGACUAG